AUGAAAAAUAAGCUUUUGUGGUUAUCGUUAGCGGCUUUUCUACUAGGAGUAGCUGCAUUCGCAGGCUAUGAAGAUAAUUUUGAUGAUGACGAUUAUGAAGGAAAUCGUCACGAGGACAGAGAAGGGAAGAUCUUAUUCCCAUUCAUUAGUAUAGUGCGGUUUGCGAAUGUGGACUGCGCAAGUACGAACACCAUGAACGGCACUUGCCUGGCUCGUCGAGAGUGCAACAACUUAAAUGGAACCAUCACUGGUACAUGUGCGUCUAGGAGAGGACGAUGCUGUAUUGUCUCACGCACAUGUGGCACUUCGACAAACGUAAACAACACCUACUUCACAAGUCCAGGCUACCCAGCUGCUUACGGUGGUGGUCAAUCGUGUAGUAUUAUCGUGAAUCGAUGUAACAACAAUGUUUGCCAGCUCCGCAUAGACCUACUAGACAUGGUGCUCGCCCAGCCCAGCGGCGACGGCGUUUGUAACACGGACUCGCUCAUAAUAACCGGCGGCAACACUCUCGUCCCAGUCCUUUGCGGCGACAACACCGGUCAGACCCUGUUCGUGGACUUUAACGGCAACGCGGCUAUCACGAUCACGGUCACCGCCACCCUCGCCACCACGUUUACGAGGCGAUGGAACAUAAGGCUGACUCAGCUGGGCUGCGAUUGUCCAGGAAUAGCACCGAAUGGUUGCUUACAAUACUACACUGGAGUUACGGGAACUAUCAGAAGUUUUAACUAUGGUUCCGCAGCAAAUACAGCUCUCAGUGCCUCAUUAGUGACUGGCACGCGACAACUGGCCAACUUGAAUUAUGGUAUAUGUAUUAGAAUGGAAGCAGGAUUCUGCCAAAUACAAUAUGCACAAGCAGGUAACGACCCCUUCUCCUUCACUCUUACUGGAGACGUGGACGGAGCUGACAACACUGUGUUGGGCACUGCCGUAGGCGCGUUGAGCGGAGCGGCCUGCACCACGGACUUUGUGGUCAUACCCAAUCCCGUAUUGCCUGGUACUCUCAUACCUGUUAAUACUGACAGAUUUUGCGGAUUGGGUUUCGUCCCCGUACAGACCGGAGCAAAACCAUUCGUUCUUUAUGUAGUGACGGACGCCAACGAAGGAGCUACUGCUAAUUCACCACCUGAUGUGGCCAACCGAGGAUUCUCUCUUGCAUACACGGAAAUCGCCUGCUAG